GCUGGCAGAGACGGAAAAGAGGGAAAGACAGGCAGGAGACACGGACGGAGACAGACACGCAAAAACAGGGAGACACCCCUUAAAGACAGCUGCGGGUCGUACCUGGGAUUCAGUGACGCUCCGAGGCGUCACUUUGAUGGCAGACAGCGGCAGGAAAACUGGAGAAGAUCUGUGACUGGCCUUUUCUUUCACAACGAGGGGGUCAACACAGCCGCAUUGAUCCCAUCAUCCCAGGCUUUGUGGAUCACCUCUCCCUCUUUAUAUAAAGAGAUUCCCCCGUUGAUCGCUACUUCAUAACAAAGCCUAUGGAUUACAGAGGGUGUUGGAAAGGCUUUGAUCACAGCUAUGUCAAUACUGUGACCCAACCCAAGUGAAGAGGAGCUUCAGUUAUUUAUUUUAUUUUGUGCUGUUUUUGUGAAUCAGUUUGACCGGUACUUUCAUCGGUUACAUGUUUUAUUUGAUCAGCUGCUUUUUUUGACCCAAACACUCUCGCGUGCAGAACCCGUCUCUCCUUCUGCCACCAUGUACGGUAGCUCCCGUUCUGUCUCCAAGCUGGACGUCGUCGGCUCCAACGGUAACGGCUCCGUGUCUGGGAGUCCCGGCCGCUCGCCGCGCCUACCGCGCUCCCCCCGUUUGGGACACCGACGGAACAACAGCAGCAGCUCUGGCGGCGGACUCACCGGCACGGGAAAGACUCUGUCCAUGGAGAACAUUCAGUCCCUGAACGCUGCCUACGCCACCGGGGGUCCCAUGUACUUCACCGACACAGCCGAAGACCCGGUGGGGAGCAUGGGCAGCGGGCUGAAUCCCAGCGCGCCCAAAAGCACCAUGACCUUGGGGAGAGCAGGAGCCAGGGUGCCGUAUGGGGUGAGGGCAGCGGUGAUGGGGAGCAGCCCGAAUAUAAACACAGGAGGUGGGGGGAGCAGCGCCGCCCUCCUGCCCGCUGAUGCCAUAGCGUUUGGAGGGGAGCUGCAGAACCUGCCCCCACAAGCAGCCACUGUUCCUCACUCCCUGAGACAGGUCAGAGAAGGAGCAAUGUCAGACCUGCAAACGCAGCUAAGAGAAGUGCUUCGAGAAAACGAGCUGCUGCGCAGAGAGCUGGAGGGCAAAGAGUCCAAGCUGAGCUCCUCUAUGAACUCCAUAAAGACGUUUUGGAGUCCCGAGUUGAAGAAGGAGAGAGCGCUGAGGAAAGAUGAAGCCACAAAGAUGGCCGUGUGGAAGGAGCAAUACAGGGUGGUGCAGGAAGAGACACAGCAUCUUCAAUGCACCAUCCAGGCCUUACAAGAUGAGCUCAGGAUCCAGCGCGAUCUCAAUCAGCUCUUCCAAUCCGAUUACUCGGAGUCCGGGCGACUUGGUGCCCAGCCCAUUCCCCCUCAGGAGAUGACCGAGGAGAACUUCCUUCGUCUCCACAGCGAGUUCGAGCGGCAGGCCAAGGAGCUCUUCCUCCUGAGGAAGACUGUGGAAGAGAUGGAGCUGAGGAUCGACACGCAGAAACACACUUUGACCGCCAGGGAUGAGUCAAUAAAGAAGUUGCUGGAGAUGUUGCAGAGUAAAGGUCUGUCGUCGCGGGCGACAGAGGAGGACCACGAGCGAACGAGGCGACUCGCUGACGCAGAGAUGACCAUCCACCAGCUAGAGGGGCUGCUGGAGCAAAAAGACAAGGAGAUGCUUCAGCUCAGAGAGGAGCUUCACAGGAGAUACGAAGCGGCGCCAGAAUCGACAAAGACCAAGGCCCUGCAGACCGUUAUUGAAAUGAAGGAUGCAAAGAUCAGCUCCAUGGAGCGCGGCAUGAGGGAGCUGGAGGAGGAGGUGAUGAUGCUGAAGUCCAACGGCGCUCUGAGCAGCGAGGAGAGGGAGGAGGAGAUCAAACAGAUGGAGGUCUACAGAUCCCACUCCAAGUUUAUGAAGAACAAGGUUGAACAGCUGAAGGAAGAGCUAACUCACAGCCAAUCAGAGAAGGAGGAGCUAAAGCAACGAGCCAAUGAGCUUCAGCAGGAGGUGUCUGCAAUGGACCAGACAAAACAGGAACUGAGUCGCAAAGACAGCGAGCUGCUAGCUCUCAGGACCAAACUGGAGACUCUGAACAAUCAGUUUUCGGACAGCAAACAACAUGUGGACGUACUCAAGGAGUCACUCACUGCCAAGGAACAGAGAGCUGCCAUACUGCAGACCGAGGUGGACGCCUUGCGUCUCCGCCUGGAAGAGAAGGAGUCUCUGCUCUCGAAAAAGAGCCAGCAGAUGUCGGAGCUGACGGAGGAGAAAAGCACUCAGCAGGGAGAGAUCACUGAUCUCAAAGACAUGCUGGAUGUCAAGGAGCGCAAAGUGAACGUGUUGCAGAAAAAGAUAGAGAACCUACAGGAUCAGCUGCGGGAUAAGGAGAAGCAGCUGAGCGGACUGAAAGACAGAGUCAAGUCUCUGCAGACGGACACGUCAAACACAGACACCGCACUGGGAACGCUGGAGGAAGCUCUGGCUGAGAAGGAGCGGAUUAUCGAGAGGCUGAAGGAGCAGCGAGAAAAGGAGGAGAGAGAAAAGGGAGACGAGAUGGAGACCAGUAAGAAGGAGCUGAAAGAGUUGAGAGAAAAGGUCUCGCAGCUCCAGGCUGAGCUGGCUGAUCGUGAGACGUCGGUGUUGGAUCUGAAGGAGAAGGCCUCCUCGCUUGCAUCCUCGACUCUAAAGAAGGAAAACAGGCUGAAAAGUCUAGAAAUCAACCUGGAGCAGAAAAAGGAAGAGUGCAUCAAACUGGAGAGCCAGCUCAGAAAGGCUCAAAGCGCAGCAGCGGAGUCGCAGGCCAACGCUGGACUUACUGAACGCAUCUCGUCCCUGGAGCAGGAAGUGACCCGGUGUAGAGAGGAGGCCGGGAAGGCCCAGUCUGAGGUGGAACGACUCCUGGAGAUCCUCAGGGAGAUGGAGAAUGAAAAGAACGACAAGGAGAAAAAGAUCCACGAACUGGAGAGAAAUCCGUCAGCCUCUCAUCUGUGGCGUCCGCAGCAGUCGCAAAAGCAGGCCCCUCCCCCCGCUGCCUCUCAGCAGCCAGUGGGGGGGCUGGUGUGGGACUACCUGGGCACUCUUGCCUCAAGGCAAAUUAAGGACCAAUCGAAGAAGGUCGCCAACCUGAAACACAAAGAGCAGCUGGAGAAGAACCGAAAUGCCCAGCUGAUGGAGGACGCCAAGAAGCGGGAGGACAACCUCAAUGAAAGUUCUCAGCAAAUAAAGGACUCCCUCCGUCAGAAGGAGGAGCGCAUUGAGGAGUUGGAGGAAGCGCUGAGGGAAAGCGUUCAGAUCACAGCAGAAAGAGAGGUGGUGCUGGCCCAGGAGGAGCAGGCACGCUCACAUGCCGAGAAGCAGCUGUCUCACAUUCCAAUUCAUGAGUUCACCACGAGCGGAUUUAGGUGGUCAAAGGUGGAGGACCUACUGGUUGCCAUGGAAAAGGUGAAACAGGAACUGGAGGUGAUGAAAGCCAAGCUGUCAUCGACCCAGCUCUCAUUGGCUGAGAAGGAAGGUCAUCUGACCGCCCUGCGAGCUGAGAGGCGGAAGCACCUGGAGGAGGUCCUUGAGAUGAAGCAAGAAGCACUGCUGGCCGCCAUAAGCGAGAAGGAUGCCAAUAUCGCUCUGCUGGAGCUCUCCUCAUCCAAAAAGAAGAAAACCCAGGAAGAGGUGUCAGCCCUGAAGAGAGAGAAGGACAGCCUGGUUCAGCAGCUCAAACAGCAGACACAGAACAGGAUGAAGCUGAUGGCCAACAACUAUGAGGACGACCAUCUGAAAGUGGCGUCUCCAAACUCUGACCUGCCCAACAACCACAAGCCCUCCCCUGAUCAGAUUCUCUCUCCUCUCCUGGACCUCAAUCAGAAUCGCAAUAAACUGAAGCUGUACAUAAGUCACCUGACCUCCCUGUGUCAGGAGCGUGACCCAAUCAUAUUGCAGGACUUUGCCCCGCCCCCAUCUUAUCACCGCUCUGACUCCGCCUCCUGGCACACGCAGCUGCACAGCAUGUCAGAGGAGCAGUUGGAGGCGGAGUUGGCGUUGUGUGAGAAGGAGGGGGCGGAGCUCCAGGAGUAUGCCAAUCAGGUCCUGCAGCAGAUCGCCGACCGGUGCCCGGACAUUUUGGAACAAGUCGUCAAUGCCUUGGAGGACAGCUGCUGACUGACCUUUGCACACACACGCUCACAGACUGACUGAAAAAAUACAAAUAAAAUAAAAAUCACACUCGUUUGCAUGCAAAAGUCAAACAUUGAGCGCAAACCCGCGGGAAAAAAAAUCUGAUAAAAUACAAAAUCACAUCUGCAAGCCGCCACAAUCCUCAUGAAACGGAAAGAAAACCAAUGUUGAAGAAGCUCAACUGUGCUUUAGUUGUUCUAAUUUGAGAGGAAUGUCAAUGUUACAUCACUACAGAAAAAUACUAGCUAGCUGAAGGAAAUUAUGUCCCUUGGUCGGUUUAAAGUGCUUUAUUGGCAGAUUAGAUCAGAAUAGAUAUAUUUUUCUAACUCUUCUUAGAAAGGAAGCACUUCUGCUGCACUGACCAUCUUGUAAGUCCUGGCUGGUGGCUGCAGUUCCACUCUGGGAAAAUGGUUUCAACCUGAGAAAUCCAUGUUAAAAAAAAAAAGGAAAAAGUUAUUUGGGCUUGCCAGGCUGCUUCUGAUGCUCGACUUGCACGUUGUUGCCACAAUUUUUUUUUGAUCAGUUUGAGUGUGUUUAUUUCAGCUGCCUUUCGCUAUUUGCAUCAUUUGCUGCUAUCUUUUUUAAACUUUUAGUCAGUUUUUGUUUCUUUCUCUGCAGGUGUUUGAUAAAAAAAAAUUAAAAAAUGUCUUCAGUACCUUCGACGCCCCUGGUAAGGAUUGAUGAAAACGCUUCAAAACAAAUGAGGGUUUGUUUUUUGCAGUAAUAUAUAUAUUUUUUCUGUUCUGCCUUUUGUACUUUGUACGCCCCUCUUCUGCUCAUUUGACAAAACUUAGUCCUCUAAUGCAAUGCCACAAGGUAGAAGCAUCUGGAGAUGGCUUUGGCUCUUCAUUUUGUUACAAUGUUAUAAAGGCAACUUGCUCUAGCAGAGAGACUUUAGAUUUUAGUUACGUUUUUGUAAUUCCAAGCAUUCGUGAUGCCGUGCAGCCUUAGCGAGGUUCCCAGGGCCUUUGGAGGAGAAAACAGCAUCAUUGGUCCUUUGCGAAUUUAAUUGUUUGGUGGCAAAUCUAAUAACUCAAUCACACCACCAGAUUAAACCUGGAUUAAAACAAAGUUAUAGUUAUUUUAAAAGUUUCAGCUACUUUAAAUAUUGGCAUGUAGCUAUUAUAUGUGACUUUUGAAGAUCAAAAUGCAUAUGCCUUAAUAAGAUUUUGUGCUUAUUUUGUUUUUGAACAGUAAAUAAGAAAGCCGAGCUUAAAUCUAACUAAAAAAGGUCUCAGUUAGAUUUAUUUUCUUGGUAAAGUUAAUUUUUUUUUUUUUUUUAAGUUUUUCUCUUGCUUCAAAAUGAGAUUUUGUGAAAAGCCGUUUUUAUCCUUCCCUACCAGGGGUCCGAUUAAACGUGGAAGGUUUUCUACUUUCCUGUAAGUUGCUGUGUAAAUUGUCAAGGAGAACCUUUGAUUAACGUCCCGGCGUUUCAGUUCGCCAAACCCAAAACAACAAUGAAUCUCGCAACAGAACCUUUACUCAAACACUCGGAUGUGCUGUGAACGUGGAUCGCUUCUGUGAAAACGUCGUCUUUGGUUCAGUUGCGUCGUCCAGACUGAAAUCAGGUUGACUUCAAAUAAUUCCUCCGCAUAUCUUCCUCAUGACUGUCCCUUUAGAGUUCAUAAGAGGUCAAAUCGUUUCUGAUACGAGAAGUAAGUGUUAUAUAUAAAUACAGAUAUAUUUUUUUCUUGUUUCUUUUGAAAGUAUGCAUCAGAGUAUUAUAUCUUGGUUGGUCUGCUUCACAUGGUGUCAAACUCUUGUCAUUUUGUGAAUAAUUGGAUGUUUGUUAGACUUUGUUUCCACCGGGAAGACUUUUCAAAGUUCCUGUUGAGUUCAACACUGACAGUAUUAGCAUGGUCCAGAGGGGCAGAUUAUUUCAAGCAAACGUUAUUUUCCUUCUUUUGAAUCAGCUGUGUGAGUUUCGAGGCUGUACCUUGUCUGUCUCGAGGUUUUCUUUUAAAACGUCACCUGGUUGGACAUGAAGCUGGAAGACUUGGAUUUAUGACGCAUCCUCAAAUCUAACUGGUUUUGAAGGUUCUGGCUUUUGGACUCUGAGCUGAUUUAUAUGAACUAAAGUCGGCCCUUGGCUUCUUAAAUGAAACAUUUAUUGAUCCCACAGAUUUUAUGGAUGGUCUAAAAACCCAUGUGUGUCUAAUUUCAGAGACCCAGUCAGGUUUGAGCUCGUGUGUAAAUUCCUUCUUCUGUUUUCUGUUUUUUUUUCUUUUUUCACUGAUUCUGUCCAUUACUGGGAAGGAUGCUGACUGGAAUUCACUUUGAACUUGUGGAUCGAAAGAUCAAAAUGUGAGAGAGUGAAAUAAAUUAAUGCUUUAUCUUCA